CACAGUAGUUGAAAAAAAACAGACUACUGUAAGUUUUUCAUAAGAACAGAACGGUAGUCUAGGUUGUAUGCUUUAAAACUAUUUUUCAAGUUUCGAGAAACGGUAAUGUUUCAUUAGUUGUCUGUCUCAGUUCAAGAUACAGUUUUUUUUACAACAGUUGUCAAUAAGAAGUUAAGAAUACUCUAUUUAAACAAUAGUCUGGGUUGUUAUUCUAGAACUGUUUUAAAAUUUAUUAGAAACAUUAUCUAUAAUAAGUAAAGAAAACUGUUUUUAAGAGAAUUGUGCAUAUCAAGCCUAGAACUAUUUUAAAAGUUAAGAAUACUUGUUUUAAAUAGUAGCCUAGCUCUUAAGCCUAAAACUAUUUUAAAAGUUUGGAGAUACGGUAAUCUUUUACAAUGAAAAUGUAUACGCUCUCUAACUUUACAUUCAUACUUUCAAGCCAAUACGCUGCCCAGGGACACCAUAAAACAUCCAAAUUGUUUCAGAUACACCAUCAGCGAACCCACCCACAACAGGACUGCCCAAACAGCCCUCAAACAAAUGGCAGUAGCAUUUUCCACUGUCAACUUCCACAGCGAGGAAGUGAUGUUAUCCAGCCCAUGGUUCCAGCAUCCUCUCCGGCAAUAGGACUUCUAGGACAAGCAACAAGACAUGCCAAGCCCUGUCCCCAUUCUUUAGUUACGCAGGACAAAAACAACAAGUAUUACUGUCCAUUCCAGCGAGUCAAAGUCCUUUUUGUUAGAGGCAUAUAAACCAGUAGUCAGUCUGGUUUUAAGCCAUAUACCAACUGCCGUCAAGUGUUAGUAAGAACCAAUCCAUAGCUUGCCUUCAAUUCAGCAAACUCAUCACCAAAAGUAGUGUAGUUUCUGCAUUUCAAUAAGGUCAAAGGCAGCCCCAACCUAGCUGGUCAGAGGUUGAGUUCAGCCACUCUAGAAGGUUUCUAAAGAUUGGCAUGUUGAAACCAGUCCAAAGCAUAAAUUGCAGUUCCAGCUCCACUAUUUGACACAAUUCAUAGAUUCAAAAUCCUCCACAAAGCAUGAACCAGACAAAAAUCUUAACUUCAAACACAAGCAGUCAAGAAUCAUGUGCUCUGGGCAGAUUUGGGCAUUUCCCGGACCCAACAGCCUACUCAUACAGUUCUUCCAUGGCUUCAGGUCCUCCUCAACAAAAAACACCCACAAAAAACCAACACAAGACUCUCAUGGUUCCAAAGUCAGGACCAUGGUUCAACCCAAAACAAGAGCAAGAACAUAACGGAAUAUCAACCACAAAAACAAAUUCACAACAGCAAAAACAUCCACAAGAAUCAACUGACCAAGACGAAACAAGAACCAGUGAAUGCCAGCUCCAAUGUCACGUAGUGAACAGUGAUUUCACAACCUCAAAAAUCCUCAAAUCAUAUGGAAAUUCAAAUGUUUGUGGAAUCCACCUUCAUACCUUGCGUGAAAGUAGCGACGUUGACCUCCAAUUCGUCGGAUUCCAUCUUCAAAGAUCAGCGAUUAGACUCGGAUAUAGAUUCACUUGCCGAAAGCGAAUUCAGAGCUCCAAAAAUCACAAGAAUCGAGCCAAAAUCAAGGUGGAGAUCGGAAGUCAACUUUGCCAAAUCUGAUUUGCUUGCUGACCGAUUCUCGUGGAACCGUGCGCCAAAUCCUGUUCGUCUAUUGCAUCAAAUCCGAAGGGAAGGAAGAACAAAAAAGAAAUUGUGGGUUUUCCUCUCAUCUUUGCUAGCAUUUCUGGGAUUAAAUCUUUAUCUCAUUU